AUGGAGGAUUUUGCAUAUAUGUGGAAUCAUUGCAUUCAGCAGUUUCCUUUAUCAGACGACGAACUUUCAAUAAUGAUGGGCGAUACGCAUGACCCUAAUCAGUAUAACAACAAUAUGAAAUGUUUCGGAAAGUGCUUGGUAGAGCAAAAUGGAUGGUUCAUCGACGACGUAUUUAUGGAAGAUGUCUAUAUUCAACUCCAAGCGACUGAUCAGUUGUCAACACAUGUAGACAAAUUACAUGAAUUCGCCAAAGAAUGUCGACAAAAAGGUGGAGCUAAUAAAUGCGAUAAAGUUCACCAAAUUUUGAAUUGCAUGGAUACUAAAAUAACCAAACUUUUGGUGUCAUUGCAUUAA